AUGUUCGGCGGAAGAUACAGGUCUCUGGCUCCUGAUGUGCAUGUUCAAGAGUACUUCCGUUUGUUCAACGUGUGGAUUGAGGUAAUAACAAUGACCAAAACAAGUUGAGAACAGGAGUUUAGAAGAGCGCUUAUGAAGCUUAUGAAGCGCUUCGAAUAAAUGUAGUUUCGUAUAAACAAAAAUCGUUUUGGAUUUAUUUCAGAUUAAAGUAGACGUUUAGGCUAUAAAGAGCUAGAAAUUGACGGAACUCGCCGUUUUAGUGUUAGGUACCGCAUGAUACACAGAAACUCAUAUACACUUGAAAUUAUCCGAGUACUACGAAUACAUUGUCUUUUUUUGUUACCUAGAUGCACAUGGACUUCAUCGUUCUCUCGUGCUACGAAGGGCCAGUUUGCAACGAUGAACGUGUCAUAAUCGAGAAAGUGUGGGCGAAAAUAAUCUCGAGCAUCAAAGUGCACUUUGUCUUCGGAUGGCACCACAAGCUAUAUACUCUGACUCGUGACGAGUAUGACUACUUCGCGAAAGAGAAACCGGCAAACGAGACAGUAAGUAUCCUUAUCACAUUUCAGAUAGAUAAGUAACAUUUUUUCCAGGCCAGAUCCAGAUUGAUGACAAAGCUCACACGACUGUUGAGCAGAGAGAGUUUCAGCGACGGUACAUCUUCAAGUUCUUACUCAUCGAGUUGUCUGAAUAACAUUUCAGCCAGUACUGAGGACAAAGCGUCGCCGACCCGCAAAAACUCGCAGAACUUUAACCAGUCGUCGAGUGCCGGUCCAUCGAGGUGAAUCUCAAAAUUAAUUGUUAAAACUAUGUAUAUAUUUCAGAGCUCGUGACGCUCUUCCAGCCCGUGCGGCUCCACCUCCAGUCAGAACUCCUGCCAACUCUCGCGAGGAGGACAUCAUCCGGUCGGAGCCAAUCGAAAUCUGUGAUAUCAGCCUGGACUUCUCCAACAAUCCAGCUGACUGCUCGCCGCUCAAUUUCGCAAACCACUUUUAA